UACAUUGUCAGUCUGUCAGAAUAAAUAGCUUAGGUACUAUUUUUAAAUUUGUUAUGAUAUUCAUGCUUGCCUCUUCUCAUUCCAUUUGCUAAACAUGUUGUCAACUCGUGCCAGCAAUCGUGUCACGAGAUCACUCGCUAGAUAAGGCGCGGCAGUUACAAAAGUUAAUGGAACCUGUGUGGAAAAGUGAAACCACCAACCUGAACCCCCUUUAGAUGUUUGCUCCAAGCGCAAGCAACUUGCGCCGCCGUCUGGCGAAAGAACUUGGCAUUUGGCGACACUAAUUGCUUCAGUGGUUUGCAGCGAGUGUCGCCUCCUCCAUGUAUAGAGAGACAGGCAGGCAGCGAUGCGUCUCCACUGGAGUCGCGUAUUCGACGACAAAAAGACGCUUACAAUUUCAGGCUUAAAUUGCCAAAGCGCAAUUUGUCGCCAGUACACACGAAUCCCCUCGAAUGUUGCAACAAUACACAACAUUGGGGGUGCCAUGUUUUAUAAAGUCGAUGACAUCGCUUGAAGCGAACUUAGUCGCAAUGUUCGGAUUCAAACGUCAACUACUCGCAUCGCGAAGCCUUUGGCUACUCCUUUUGUUCGGUGUGCCGUCGAGUUGGACACAAAACUCCAGCAGUACAGUGGUGUGGGAGCCAAGCGAUGGCAACACUGGCAAUGGGAAUACCAAUAAACGUGAGGUGGACUAUGCUGGCACUAAUAUAGCCAAAAGCUACGAUCCGCCGCCGGAAUUCUAUAGGGGACCAGGCUCAACAGGCAGCUCUGGGUCGGGCAGCUACGUUGGCUCCACAGGCAUUGGCAGCGUGAGUGGAGGUGGCGGACAGCAGCUGGGCAGCGUGGGUGAGAGUCUCAGUGAUGCAUACAACAAGUGGCGCCAUUCAGCUGGCGUCCAGCAGCGCAUUAGCGUGGGUCAUUAUGGAGGCGGAGCAGGUGGUGGUAUUGCAUCGCAUGUGCCCAGCACUCAUGGACCUGUCAGUUACGCCUACGAAGGACAUCCAUAUGAGUACGCGGGCGGCGUUGGAGGAGGAGGCGGCAGCCAUCAUGGUGGUGGCGGAGGUGGCUACUAUGGAAGCAGCAGCGCCGAGGCUGGCAUACCAUUCGAUGUGUACGGCUCUCGACCCAGUCAUGUGUCACAUCAUUCGCACUAUGGCAGCACCGGAGGCGAGUACGCUUAUCUGGAGCCACAUGAUCUGGCUUCUCACAAGGGACCUCCAGAGCUGUCGCAAAAGGCGCUGCUUGCCAAGAGUUUCCUAAUUCCCUUGGCCAGUGCCGCUGUUCUUGGCAUAGCUGCUGCCUUGGUCAGUAAUCCACUGUUGCUCCAGCUGGGCACAGUCUCGGGAGUUGGUGGAGGAUUGGGUCCCGUAGUUGGUAAACGCAAAAGACGUUCAUUGCGACGCGCGUAUGCUGCUCAUAAUUAGCAAUUACAAACAUUUCCACUUCAUUCAUAUAAAUACUUAAUUGGAAUGCUUACCAAAUAAAAUAAACGUCGUCACAACUCUUCAAAAUGAUG